UUCAUUUAACGUAUCAAUACUUCUGAUAAUGAAUUAUCAAUUAGUAAAGCUGUACUAUUAGUAUUAUAAAUACAUUUAGUUAAGAAAGAUUAUUCCCAAUUUAGGCUCAUAACUAUUCUAUCGAUUCGGUGCUUUUGGAAGUGAAAUGUCACGCGAAGAACACGUGGUUGUUGCAGCCAUAGAUUUUGGUUCAACGUAUUCCGGGUACGCUUUUCAAUUCCGAGGGUCCGACAAGAUCUGUUCCCUUUCUACCUUUAGUGGGUCCACAGUCACAUACAAAGCUCCGACUGUCAUCCUCUUUGACAAGGAUAAGAAUUUCAACUCAUUUGGAUAUCAGGCCGAAAACAAGUAUGCAGAACUUGCGGAAGAAGGCAACCACGUUGGGUGGCGAUAUUUCCGUUGCUUUAAAAUGGAACUGUAUAGAAGUAAAGAACAGAGGAAACUGCGUGCUGCAUCAACAGUGAAGGAUGACCAGGGACAGAAAAUGAAAAUAGUAGAUGUGUUUGGAGGUGCAAUCAAAUACCUCAAAGAUGAGCUAAUGGGAGAACUCUUAACACAUGCCCCAAACUUUGAGGAAAAGGACGUCAAAUGGUUGAUAACUGUUCCCGCCAUCUGGGAUGAUGCCGCGAAACAAAUAAUGUUCAAGGCAGCUGAGAAGGCUGGAAUAUCACCUGCACACUUUGUCUUUGAACCAGAGGCGGCCGCAAUAUUUUGCAAGAACGAGUAUGAGACAGCAGAUGAUCCCAGACAGAAGGACAUUUUUAAAGCUAACUGCAACUUUAUUCUCAUAGAUCUUGGCGGAGGAACUGUUGACGUCACUGCACACAAGGUCAAUGAUGAUGGUACUUUGGAUGCCCUUAUGCCGCCGUCAGGGGGACCCUGGGGAGGAAACAACGUCAAUAGAAAGUUCUUUGAGCUUUUGGAAAACAUAUUUGGAGCCGAAGUUUUUCGAAGGUUUUCUGCUGAAGAAAUGGACGAACGGCUUGAGCUUGAAAGAUCGUUUGAAGUGAAAAAAAGACUGGAUGGUCAGUUCAGUAUCAAACUACCGGCACGACUCAUUGAACUAGCUGGUGUUACACAAAUUCAAGAAAGCCAACAUGCUCCGAAAGUCACAUUUAGAAAAGACAAACUAUUUAUCAAUGCUUCAACGGUGUUAGACAUUUUUGAAGAAACAAUUGAACAAACCAUUGUUCAUGUUAGCGAGCAAUUACAAAAGGCGGACUUACAGAACGUAUCAACUAUUGUAUUAGUUGGAGGGUUUGCAGAGUCAAAAAUACUUCAACAGAUGAUGAAAAGUCGUUUUGAUCCAAAUAUAUAUAUGCUGGUCAUUCCACAGGCUCCUGAACUUGCUGUUUUAAAAGGUGCAGUUUUGUACGGACUUGACGAGUCUGUCAUCCGCUCACACAGAAUGCCGUAUACUGUAGGAAUCGACUCAUCUGUCCCGUUUGAAGAAGGGAUACACCCUGAACAACGAAGGAAUUUUCAAAACGGCUCGUACAAGUGCACCGAUAUAUUCAAAGUUUUCAUCAAAAGAGGAGAAAGAAUUCAACCCGACUUGGAGUCAGCCACGUAUGAGGUUCGAGCCACAAACCCCGAGGAAGCUGUUAUAGAACUCUAUAAGACAGACAGGGAUGACACUCCUACUUACACCAGUGAUUGCACCCUGCUUGGUAAAGUGAGGCUUACCCUAAUCGCUCCAACACAGGCCAACCAAAAUGAAAAGGAUAUUCGUGAACAAACGAAUCCAAUUAUAAAAGUUAACAUGUAUUUUGGUGGCACAUUCGUUACUGUGAAAGCCGUUCAGGAUGGAACGAAUAAAUCAAUUGUCACUAAUAUUAACUUCCUGUAAACUUAUAUGUGCAAGCAAAUAAAGCUUUAAAAGAACUCGCUUAAAAUCAUAAAUUUAAGAUUUCCUUAAUUGCUCCAACACUCACUCGAAAAAAUGUGUGUCAACCAUAGAAUCCUAUUACAAUACAAGUUCAAAUGUAUUUUGGUGACACGCUGUUUACUGUGACAGCCAUUGAGUUUGGAACGAACAAAACAGUUGUCGCAUAUAUUAACUUCCUGCAAACAAGUACCUACAGACAAAUUGCCAGCGAACUUAUAUGUUAAAGCAAACGAGCUUUCCAUUCAAAACAACGAACCGCCCCAUGACAUGUUUUGAAUAUUAAUGCACGUAUCAUUAUUUUGUCAUUCCCGCUUGGCAGUCCACAAACAUAACGUCUACCUUCCGGUAGUAUUGGAAAUCGGACAGAAAAAUAACUAUCGAUAAUCGGUUUAUGAAACCGAUCAAUGAUCGAUUAUUAAUCGAUUUAAUUAUUAUUUAAUUAUCACUGAUUUUCAUAUUUAAGGCAUAUAGAUACAGUACAUGCACCAGUUUUAAGCACCAAUGUUCCCUUACAAUAUUGUUUGUACAUUUCUUUGUGUAAAUUACGUUAUUUAUUCAGAACGAAACUAUCUUUCAGUGUUAACAAGUUACUUAUACAGAA